GGGGUAGUGAACAAAAACCAAAAAGAAAAAUCAAGAGAUUUGUUGAACACUUGAACCGUUGGUACUUGGUAGAACCAUAAAAAUUUGUAGAACUUUGCAACAGACUCAGAAAUUAGCACCAAAAAAAAGACUCAGAAAUGAUGGUAGGUGGAGUUUCAUCUUCAGUUACCCAGCAAUCUACUUCUUGUUCACCAUUAAACUCCCUUUUUCAAAAUCGUACAAUUUGCUCAAACUCCCAAUUUCCAUCACUUUUGAUUGCUAAUUACCGACACAAUCAUCUUCCUACUUUUCCACAACUUUCCUUCUCCUCUCGUUCUCAAUCCCCAAAACCCAUUUACUGCAGCAAUUCCCCUGGCGCUGGUGAAAAUGACAGUAAAACUGUCCUUGAUGCCUUUUUCCUAGGGAAAGCUCUUGGUGAAGCACUGACUGAAAGAAUUGAAUCUACAGUUGGUGAAUUUCUGAGCACCGUGGGCAGGUUGCAAGCUGAGCAACAAAAGCAAGUUCAAGAAUUUCAGGAGGAUGUGCUCGAAAGAGCCAAAAGAGCUAAGGAAAAAGCUGCUCGUGAAUCCAUGGAAGAGCAAGGGAGACUCAUCCCCAACUCUAGCACAAGAAACGCAGCAGAAAGAAAUGGUGCUAGUUCGAGUGCUAUGGUUGGCCCCGUGAAUCCAGCUGCUCCCAUACGUCGUGUGGUCAAUCCAGAUGGCCCUGCAUAUGGUGGACUUGAAGACCGUGACACUGAUUCAGAUUCUCUUUCUAGUAUAACCAUAGAUGAAUGAUUCUUGCCUAGAGAAUAUACAUGUUAGAAUGAUACAGUUUUGUUCAUGAAAAAUACAGAAACUAGAGUAAAUUUCACCUUAUUAUAAAGAUCCAUUAGAAUAUGUGAUAAUACAAAGUAUUUGUUUCUUGA